CGGCCCCUCCCCGCGGGCGGGAGCAAGAUGGCGGCGGAGCGGAUCUUCGACCGGGCAGUGUCGGUGCGAGUGCGGGGCUGCGGCUGCGAGGAGCGGAGGUUAAAAGUUCGAGUGAAUAUUGAACUACUGUCAAUUUCUAAUCCUGUUCAUAAAAAGGACUUAGCUGUUCGAUUGACUGAUGAUACUGAUCCUUUUUUCCUUUAUAACCUUGUCAUAUCAGAGGAAGAUUUUCAAAGUUUGAAAUCCCAGCAAGGUCUCUUGGUGGACUUCUCUGCUUUCCCACAAAAAUUUGUAGAUCUGCUUCAGCAAUGCAUUCAGGAGCAGAACAAAGAUAUCCCAAGGUUUUUGCUGCAGUUAGUUUCUUCAGCACCUGCACUAGAUCACACACCUGUCUCUUUAAAUGUAGUGGAGACCAACCCUUUCAAGCACCUUACCCAUCUCUCUCUAAAAUUCCUGCCAGGAACUGAUGCAGAAAUAAAGAAGUUUUUAGCCAACUGUUUGAAAUGCCUUAAGGAGGAUAAAAUGAUGUUGGAAGAAAAGCUUAAGAGAACUGAAGAGGAUCUUACCAGGCAACUGAGCUACACUCAACAGAGCUUGUCAGAGAAGAGCCGGGAACUUGACAAACUGAAAAAUGAAUGGACAUCCUACACUACAGCUCUGAGCAACAAACACUCCCAGGAGCUGACAAGUGAGAAGGAAAGAGCUCUCCAGGCACAAACUCAGUACCAGCAACAGCAUGAGCAACAGAAAAAGGAAUUGGAAAAUUUGCAUCAGAAGAGUAUUCAGCAGUUGCAGAACAGGCUCUCAGAACUCGAGGUCAUCAAUAAAGAUCUAACAGAGAGGAGAUACAAAGGAGACUCCACAGUCAGAGAACUGAAAGCAAAGCUUUCUGGAUUAGAAGAUGAAUGUCAAAGAGCAAAGCAGGAGGUGCUGUCCCUGCGCCGGGAGAACACAACUCUGGAUGCUGAAUGCCAUGAAAAAGAGAAACUCAUUAAUCAGCUGCAGACACGAGUUGCUGUCUUGGAACAAGAGAUCAGAGACAAAGAUCAGCUCGUCACCAGAACAAAAGAAGUCUUAGAUGCGACACAGGAACAAAAGGUGAUACUGGAAGAGAGUACAGAGGAAAAACAAAGGCAUAUUGAAAAACUAGAAACAACAAUUAAGUCACUGUCAGCUGAGCUCCUUAAGGCUAAUGAAAUUAUCAAGAAAUUACAAGGAGAUUUGAAAACUCUAAUGAGUAAAUUAAAAUUGAAAAAUACAGUAACAAUUCAGCAAGAAAAACUAUUGGCAGAAAAAGAAGAGAAACUUCAAAAAGAGCAGAGGGAAUCGCAGGAGAUGGAACAAUCCCUUCGCAUGAAAGAGCAGGAGGUUUGCAAGCUACAAGAGCAGCUAGAAAGUACUAUACAAAAACUCGAAGAAAGUAAGCAGUUACUGAAAACCAAUGAAAAUGUUAUCACAUGGCUGAACAGACAGCUGAGUGAAGUUCAGAUGGCAAAGAAACUGGACAGCCCUGGCAGUGCCCCUGCUGGUGGGAGGGCUGCUGUUUCACCUCUCAGCAUGCCUGACCGACCAUCCUUUCAUAGCUCAGGACUCAGUCAUCCCAUUUCGCCUCUCUAUGCCUUCCAGAACUUUCUGGAACCGAUACACAGCAAAAGUGGAAAUUCCCAAUGUCCAGUAUCAAAGGUUCAGUUGAACUCACAGCUUUUGAAACCCAGUCGGUGUUCAGAUGCUCACACAGUGCCUGCAGCUGGCCAUGCAGCAAACAAGGAGAAUGGUGAUCAGCUGGGGCUGGAAUCAAAGUAUUUCAAGAGAAAAGAUGACAGCAUUCCUUUACGAGGGCUUAGUCAAAACACACUAAACUCAGAGUACCUGAGGCCAUACUUGCCAGCCAAAGCACAGCCAUCGCCCAAAGCUGCUGGGACACCUGCCUCGGCCUAUUUUCCUGGAUCAUAGACAGGGUUCUUACAGUAAGAGUCCUCUUUUAACCAUUGAGGGAUUUUAAAGUGUCCUGCAAUAGUGUGUUAGUGAAGUAUCAGUGUGAACUGACAUAAUGUUAUGAGCCAGUUUUCUUUGAGGAAGGGAUCUUGACUGACUUGGAUGAUGCUUCAGGGUGCUUGAGCCUAAGGAGAAGAAAAGCCUUAAGGAGCCUUACUGGGAACAACACUGAACCAGGGCUGUGCAGAAUUUUCUUCGUAUAUUGUUGACCCUGUAAACCCUCCUAAAACCUCACCAAAGUGCUCUUUUAUAAAAAACAGGUGAAAUGUACAUUCCCUGAGUGAGAACAAUUACCUGAAUUUCUAUUUCUUGACUCCUUUUAGAGAAUGGAGCACAGAAUGCUGUCCAUUUUGGUAAUGGUCAAGCUCAUAUGGGGGCACAACUGCCUCACUAACCCUCCCAUACAGUUUAGUUUUAAAAACUUGCCUAAUUUUGGAACCAGCUUAUUUGAAUCGCAUACAGACUUACAAAUAAUCUCAUACUAAAAAUGCUAAAUUAUUUCACUGAAGGUUGAAAAUUAAAACUUAAAAUUCUCAGUCUUGGUUCCCCUAACUAACUUUUCUGUUAAUCUCUCAGUAUUAUAUUCCACAGGCCACCGUGGAUAAAACAUUAAAAGGUGAAGUAGCUGAAUAGUUAACUGUUGACAAGUAUCAACACCUUAAAGUUACUUAAUUUUUAUAAAUCAUACUUUACAACUUGUAAGACUAUACAGAAAUAUUAGAUACUCUUACAUCUCUGUAGCUUGUUCUACUGUCUUGGUUCAAAUGCUAGGAUAGCCCUUGGGACUUGGAGUCCCCUGCAGAACAAGCAGCAUGGACUUAUGCCAGGCAAAGUACCCUUACAAUGAUCAUUCCUUACUUUUGGUAAAGAUACUUUAUUCCUUUUCACCUUAGUUACUCAGGUGCACCCAGAGGAUUGUACAUUUCAGUGGUUUGUUUUGCUGUGUGAAAUGUGUACAUUUGUUUAUAGAUUAGCACCAUGUUAUGUAUAGUGUCUGGUUUUGUCAUGUGUACAUUUUAAUGGAAAUAUUAAAUGGUUUUUAUCAAAACCUCUGAUUAGUAACUCUUUCAGGAGUAGUACAAACCAGCAUCUCCAUGGUACUGGAAUUCCCAGCUGAGGUAAGCACCAGAACAGCUCUAUUUUAUUUACCUUUUGCUGCAGUUUUCUGUGUGUUCAUUGCAGCCCUGCAGAGCUCCUCUCUCCUGCAGUCCUGAGGUGCCUGAGCCUGUGUCCAUCCCACCGUGCCAAGGAGCUGCUGGCACAGGAGUGUGGCAGCCCCUCCCAGGCCACUGCAAUCCAAAGGGAGCCCUGGCCAGGCUGGCUCUGUGUCACUGACUGGUUCCUUGGAGCUGUGGUGGUCCUGUUCCACUGGGUCCCCAGGAAACAAGGAGCAGCUGCAGGCAGCCUGUGCUGUUAUUCAGCAGGGACCCUUCCACUGUACUCAGGGCUGCUUUAGCUAAUACAUAAAGCUCCAGGCUGGAUCACUACUCCACAUGACUUUUUCCACCUGCUGAAGUAUAACACACAUGCAACUACUGAACUUCACUUAAGGUUUGAAGAGACAUUCACAAUUAUUUAAAAAUUCAUUAAAAUAUUCAACUUUA